AUGGAUGGACUGUCGUCUGCAGCUAGCGUGAUCGCGAUCAUUCAACUCGCGGGCAGUAUUGUGAAGUUUUGCGGGGGCUACAUUCAAGAGGUAAAGGAUGCUCGAGAUGAAAUUUUCGAGCUGCAGCGGACAGUUGCAGAUCUUGCAGGAAUUCUCCAGGAACUGAAAGUACUCCUUCAAGGCCCUAAUGGCGCGAAGCUCUCCAGCUCUCACACCCUGAAUGAUCCAUUUACUAAGUGCCAUUUAACCCUCACAUCCUUGGAAGCGACGGUUGAUCCGGGUAAAGGAAAGAGAGUGAUAAAGAAACUGGGCUUUCGAGCGUGGAAGUGGCCACUUGAUCGCAUAGAGGUGAAAAAAAUUAUCGAGGAUCUUGAAAGAUACAAGUCGUCUUUCACCUUGUCCUUGGCGAUUGAUCAAACAGCCCUCCUCGCUGAUAUAAACCAUACCACCGACCGCCUACAUUGCAACAUGGACCUAAGUCAGUUGUCAGUUGCACACGAUGCUACAUUCGACUCAAACGUGAACCAGUAUGAAGAUGAUUGUCUUCCAGGUACAAGAGGACACGUCCUCCGCCAAGUUGAAGAAUGGGCUACAUCGCCGCAAGGAAAAUGCAUUUUUUGGUUAAACGGUAGAGCUGGGACCGGGAAGUCGACUAUCGCACGAACGGUAGCAAAGACUUUCAGCAAAUCGAGUUUACUUGGUGCAAGCUUCUUCUUCAAAAGGGGUGAAGCGGACCGUGGUCAUGCGGCGAAGCUUUUCCCAACAAUUGCAAGACAGUUGGCGAGGAACAUUCCUCAACUGGUACCCGGUAUCCAAAAGGCGAUUCAUGAUGACUCUGAAAUCUCAACGAAAGGAUUAAAGGAGCAAUUUGAUAAGUUACUCCUCAAGCCACUGCUCAGCUUGAACGCAUCCAUCGUCCCAAUCCCAACUGCGAACGACAUAUCAUUAUUUCUACAGCACCGGCUUGCAGAGAUUAAGGCGGAGCGCUCUAUGCCUAUCGACUGGCCGACAAACACCGAUUUUAAUAAUCUGGUGACUUUGUCGGUCCCGUUGUUCAUUUUCGCCGCUACCGCAUGCCGUUUAUUUCAGGACCCUCAUUGGGAUCCAGUGGACAGUCUGGCUGACAUCCUUGCAUAUCGAAAUGAGGGCUCUAAGCUAGAAGGAAUGUACGUGCCUGUCCUGAAUCGACUUCUCCAGAAACAAAGUAAGAAGCAGGAAGAGCAGCUGGUUCAAGAGUUCCGAGAGGUGGUUGGUACAAUCAUGAUGCUCGAGAGUCCACUCUCAGUCAACACACUUUCGGGGCUUAUCGGUCUCCCUGAGAGGCUGAUUUAUCUACGACUGAGCCCAUUGCAAUCGGUUUUGAGUGUACCAGAAGAUGAGACAUUACCGGAAGCAAAGUCUCAUGAAAUAUCGGGCUUUCUGCACGACGCAAAGCGUUUCUUUCUGAAAAAUUGGCAAAUAGCUGAUGAGAUGCCUCUCCAGUUGUAUUGCACUGGACUCGUGUUUGCCCCAAAAAGUGCAAUAAUUCGGAAGAAUUUCGACAGAGCGCUCCCUAAUUGGAUCCGUAAGUUUCCAGACGUCGCAAAAACCUGGAGUGCAGAAUUGCAGACUCUCGAGGGCCAUUUGGGUGCGGUUUACUCGGUGGCAUUUUCACUCGACGGUCGUCUGCUAGCUUCCGGCUCCUGGGAUAAGACAAUCAAACUGUGGGAUACCACCACUGGCGCUUUACAGCAGACUCUCGAGGGCCACUCAGACUCAUGCAGGUCAGUCGUUUUCUCACCUGACGGCAGUCAGCUGGCAUCCGGCUCUUGUGAUAAGACAAUCAGACUCUGGGAUACCGCCACUGGUGCUUUAAUGCAGACUUUCGAGGGACACUCGGAUUCAUGUAAGUCUGUGGCAUUCUCGCCUGAUAGCCAGCUCCUAGUAUCUGGAUCCGAGGAUAAAACAGUUAGGCUCUGGAAUUCAACCACAAAAGCCUUACAGAUGAGCCUUCAUGGUCAUCGUGGUGCGGUCUACUCGGUGAAAUUCUCCCCUGACGGCCAUCUUCUGGCGUCUGGCUCCGAGGAUAAGACAAUAAAAAUCUGGGAUCCUACUACAGGCGUUCUGCAGCAGACUCUAGAGAGUCAUUCAGGUUGGGUUUGUUCUCUGGCAUUCUCCGCCAAUGGUCGAUGCCUGGCAUCUGGAUCCAACGAUAGGACAAUUAGGCUCUGGGAUACCACCACAGGAAUUCUACAGCAAACUCUGAAGGGCCAAGAUGGGUUUCAAUCCGUGGCUUUUUUAUCCGACGACCGUACAUUGGUAUCUGGCUCCCUGGAUAAGAGAAUUCAGCUUUGGGAUACCACUACAGGCGCAUUGAAACGUAUUCUAACGGGCCAUACAGUGGGGGUUCGUUCUGUGGCAUCCUCACCCGACAGCCAUCUCUUGGCAUCCGGUUCCCAAGAUGGGACAGUCAGGCUUUGGGAUACAGCCACGGAGACUCCACACGAGGCACUUCAAAGUCCUUCAGAUCGGAUUCGGUCUAUGGCACUCUCCCCUGAUGGCCGUCUUCUGGCACUCGGCUCAGACGAUACGAUAGUCAGGCUUCGGAAUAUAUCCACAGAGACCACAAUACAAACCCUUCGGGGCCACUUACAUUGGAUUUGGUCGGUGGUAUUCUCGCCAGAUGGCCGUCUUCUCGCAUCCUGCUCGAGGGAGACAAUUAGGGUCUGGGAUGUAGCAACGGGUGAUCUACAUCAGGCUUUCAAGAGCCGACUAGGCGAGUUUCGGAGCAUUGCGUUCUCUGCCGACGGCCGACUCUUGGCAUCUGGUUCCUGUGACAAGAUGGUUCGAGUCUGGGAUAUUGCAGCAGGCGCUCUAAAACGGACUAUCGAGGGUCAUUCUGGUUGGGUUUGGGCUGUCGCUUUCUCCGCAAACGGUCAUAUAAUAGCGUCCGGCUCGGAUGAUAAGACAGUUCGGCUCUGGAAUGCUGCUACUGGAGCCGUACGGCAGACUCUUGAGGGUCAUUCAGGCUGGGUUCGGUCUGUUGCAUUCUCCGCCAACAGUCAUAUCCUUGCGUCCGGCUCAGAUGAUAAGACAGUCCGGCUCUGGGAUAUCGCCACAGGUGCCCUGCGGCAGACCGUGAAUGUUGAGGGGACAGUUGUUGAGCUGCAAUUUUCAGAUGAUGGAACAUACCUAAUAACCAAUCUCGGAUACAUCAGUGUCCAGUCCAGAUAUGUGGAUCACAUCUCCAAGCCGCUUCCCACAAAUGCCCAGAUAUUUAUACAGGGACUUCAGUGGAUAACGCUCCAAGGCAUAAAGGCACUCUGGCUUCCUCCUGAUUUUCGGCCCACCUGUUCGACGGUCAAAGACAAAACGCUUGUCCUCGGACAUGAAUCAGGGCGGAUUUCAACCAUAGAAUUCAACUUAUAG